CUCUCUAUCUCUAUCUCUCUCUCUCUCUCUCUCCAGACACACUUCUCUAUCUCUCUCUCUCUCUCUCGAUCGAGACAAACUUCUUCCGGCCAACAUGGCUAACGUAUCUGAACCAGCUCUUUUGAGUCCCAUUGCCGUCUAAAAGGUGAUACAAUUUCCCCUUGUACGCAAAGCUACAGCGUCCUAUCGCGAUGCUUUCUCUCUCUACCUCUCCUUUCUCUCUCCUCCCUCCUUCCACUCUCUCCUCUCCCUCCCCUGCCCUAACCCUCCAUCGCCCCCUUCCUCUCAUCCGUCUUAAAAACCCUAAAACACCAUCUCUCCUCGCCUUCUGCUCUCCUCCAUCUCAAGCUGGAAUUUCCCCCAUUUCCACCAGCUCAAGCCCUCUUGGAGACCCAUUUUCUGAUUUCGUAGAGAAAGAUUGGUCUUUCCUUGAAUUUGAUCACGUAAACACAAAUGAAGAAAUCGAAGAGAAGUCGAAGCGAAUUAUCGAAGCAGCAGCGAUCAGAGAUGAUUCGAAGGUUUUGGUUUGUCUUGGAACUGAGGAUUUUGUGGAUAGAGUUAGGGCGUCUUCUCAGUGCCAGCUCCUGGUUGUGCAUUAUUCGCUUUAUGUUUUAGCUGGGGUUAAGGAGAAGUACGAUACAGUGAGGUGUUGGCAAGGUGACAUUGUUGAUGUUCCAGCAAAAUGGGCUCCUUUCGAUGCCAUUUUUUUGUGUUUUUUCCCUGCAUUGCCUUGUUCGCUUGAUCGGUUAUUUGGGGCUCUUGUGGAGAGAUGCUCACCUGGCGCUUGUGUUGUUAUAAGCUAUGCUCAAGGGAGGGAAAUUGUGGAGCGCCAAAGACAACGGUACCCUGAAAUGGUGACCUCAGACUUACCUGACAAGGAUACGUUGGAGAAGCUUGCUGCAGCCAACUCCUUUCAGAUAACUGACUUCAUAGAUGAGCCUAACUUUUACCUUGCUACUUUAAAAUUUGUUUGACUUGAUUUAAGUGCAGCUAGGAAUAUGGUCUCUCACUUGUCCCCAAAACAUUGAGUGGAUCUUUUUCCUUUUGCAUGGUAACAUUUUGGUCAGAUUCCAAAUCCGUGCAUCUCUCUCCCCCCACACCUAUAAAUAGUGAUCACUGUGAGAUGCAUUUAUAUUUUCUUUUCCCUUUUUUGUCUUUUUGAAGAAGUCUAUAUAAGGCUGAGUCCCUAAACAGUCAACUUAAGGUGCACCUCACAAAUUCACUCGAAGAUGUUUUUUCGAUGCCGAGAAACCCUCAAAUUGAUUGUCUCGACCUCGAGAUAUUUGGAGGUGAAAACAAAUGGAUUUUUUAAGUCUUGAAAAUACUGCAUCUUGUAAUGCAUUAUUUGGAUUAUCAAUUUUCAAGAUUAUGAAGUGUUCAUCGAUC